GAGCGUCUGAGAGAAGCAAAAGAGAAGCGACAGCACCGGGUACUGAGGCGACAUGAGCUCUGAGGUACGAUGGGGGAGGAUCUUUAUCGCUUGCUCUUCGCUGCUCCUGAUCACGUCAUUGGUCAGUGUAACCGCCGUCCCCAUCGAUAAGGACAAGACGAAAGUGAAGGAGGAGCCGACGGAGGAUGAACAACAACCCGAAUCACCAGACACUGGACUCUUUUAUGACCGAUACCUCAGGGAAGUGGUGGAAGUUCUGGAAACCGACAGACAUUUCCGAGAGAAGCUCCAGACGGCGGAUAUUGAAGACAUUAAGAGCGGGAAGAUCAGUAAAGAACUGGACCUUGUGGGCCACCAUAUCCGCACCAAACUGGACGAACUGAAGAGACAGGAGGUGUCCCGGCUGCGUAUGUUGAUCAGAGCCAAGAUGGACCUCGGGGACAAUACAGGAAUGGAUCACCGGGCUCUACUCAAGCAGUUUGAGCACCUCAAUCACAACAACCCGCACUCCUUCGAACCCCAGGACUUGGACCUGCUCAUCAAAACUGCAACAAAAGAUCUGGAUAGUUACGAUAAAACGCGACACGAUGAGUUUAAACGAUACGAAAUGAUGAAGGAGCAUGAGAGACGCGAGUAUCUGAAGACACUGGAUGAGGAGAAGAGGAAAGAGGAGGAAGAGAAAUAUGAGGAGAUGAAGAAAAAGCACAAGGAGCACCCCAAGAUGAAUCACCCUGGGAGCAAAGACCAAUUAAAGGAGGUUUGGGAGGAAACGGACGGACUUGAUCCCUCGGAGUUUGACCCCAAGACAUUCUUCAAGUUGCACGAUACAAACAGUGAUGGAUUUCUGGAUGAGCAGGAACUGGAGGCUCUAUUUACUAAAGAGCUGGAGAAAGUCUACGACCCCAACAAUGAGGAGGAUGAUAUGGUGGAGAUGGAGGAGGAGAGACUGCGGAUGAGGGAGCACGUAAUGAUGGAGGUGGAUCUGAACAAGGACCGUCUCAUAGACCUGCAGGAAUUCAUAAGGGCCACAGAGAAGAGGGAGUUCCUGGAGCCCGACGGCUGGGAGACGGUGGCCGACCAGCAGCUCUACACCGAGGAGGAACUGCAGGAGUUUGAGAAGCAGAUUCUUCAACAGGAGGAGGAACUAAAGAGGAAAGCGGACGAGUUGUAUCGGCAGAGGGAGGAUCUCCAGAAACAGCACGACUACAUCCAGGCCCAGAAACAGGAGCUACAGCAGGUGGUGCAACAAAUGGAGCAGAAGAAAGUGGAGCAACAACAAGCUGUGCCGCCGGCUGUGAACUUUCAGCAACCUGGUGACCAGACCAUCCAUUUGGGAUCCCAGCAGCCUCUGCCCCCCGGGCACCUCCCAGAAACGGGCGUUCCACAGAGCCACCCAGUCCCAUAACCCUCCUCCUUUCAAUAAUUAUAGUUUUAUUUAGUUUUUUUUGUUUUUUUCCAAAAUAUUCCAGUCCCUCCUUCUCUUCUGUAAGAAGAUCAGACAAACGGACUGAGAGGGGGCGGGCACUCAAAUUCGGCAAGUGCCACUUUAGUGCUGAGGAGAAAUCUCCACCCAAUUUACCUUGUUGCCUAAUCCCUGGCACUGGAUUCUGAAGCUGCCAUAUUGGUUGUGGGAAUGCCAUUUUCUUUCCAUGGAUCAUGGUGUAUUUUAUUUAAUUGUAUGUGGACCAAAUUAAGUGGGAAUAGGUGGAAUUUCCGAAUGUCCUGCCCCUUUUUGGGACCUUUCGCUGCUGUCGCGUGUGGAUUUGUUUGUUAUUGUUGUUGAGUCCAAAUAAAGUGCAACGUUUCUUUUA